AUGAACUACCAGAAUUUGAAGUGUUCGGAAUUAAAGGACCUGUUAGCCAAAAGGGGGCUGCCAUCCCAUGGAAAGAAGAACGAGCUUCUAGAACGGCUAUUAAAUUAUGAAAAAGAAAACCCCCAUCUGGUGAGCAGUCCAUACAUAUUAGAUAGUGGGAGCAAUAAAGGGAACAACUCCGACCAGGGGACAAACCUCGAAGCGUCAUCGUCCACGGAUGCUCAAGGAGGCAAUCCAAACAGCUUAGAGCCAAAUGUGGAAAAAUCCGAAAAGGAUAUUAGCCAAAUAGAAGAAGGAGGAAGCGACGAAGGAGAAAAUAUAAAUUACAAGGCGUCUUCAUCACCAUAUAUUGGAUCUCAAAAAAAAAAAAAAAUUUUAUCUGUUAAUAACAGAGAAGACGAUUUUAACAAAACAGGCUUAGGAAAAAUGAAAAAUUAUUUUAAAAACAUUCUAUCCUCCAAUGCCAAGGAUGAGGGGUCUAAUUCUAACAAAAAUGAAAAAGGGGAUGCAAAUAAAAACGGAAGUCAAAACAAUGACGAGAAGAAAACGAAAAUGGUCAUUCCUAAAAUUACCUUUUCCGAAACUUCCCUGUCCACCAAGAACACCCUGCAGAAGAAUAUUCUUUCCCCCCCAGAAGAUGAUAAUCUGUACCUGACGGAGGAGAAAAAGAGGGAGCUACGAAAAAAGCGAUUCGGCGUCGUUUCCAAGGAUGAUGUCCUGGAGUCCAGAGCCAAGAGAUUCUGCAUUGUGACUCAAAAAAUGGAAAAGGAGAACAGGAAGAAGAGAGCGGAGCGCUUCGGCAUGAACAUGGGCAAGCUGAACAACUCUGAAAUGAAGAGGAAGCGCGCCGAGAGGUUCGGCCUGGUCCAAGAGCGUGAUAAACUGGAAGCCAGGGCCCUCAGAUUUGGCAUAAAAUAA